CCGCGGCGAGCGGCUGCUUCCCUCCGGCGGAGUUCUCGGAGCAGCGCCGCGCCAUGAGCGGAGGAGGAGGCAGCCGCGGGCGUCGGGAGAGCCGCGGUGCCGCCCGGCCGCCGGGUCCCAGCGCAGCAGACUGAGGCAGAGGCGAGAGCGGGACGAGGCGGAGGAGGAGAAUGCGACGCGCGGGUCUGGCCGGGCUGGGCUUCGUGGCCGGGCUGUGGCUGCUGGCCGUGGUGGCGCUGGCGGGGCUGUGGAGCGGGCGCGGCGCCCGGGAGCCCGGCGUCGAAGCGGCGUUGAGCGGGCGCCUCCUCCGGCCGCCCAGCCAAGCGGCGCAGAAAACUUUCCGCGCGCUGCUCACGCUGCCGGGACAACCCUCGGAGGGGCCGGGCGAAAGUGGGCAGGAGCCGCCGCCUGUUCCCGCGGAUCCCCCUCGGGGCGUAGCGGAGCCGCCCGUGCGCGGCGGGAUCUUCUGGAGCCGGGCGCUAGAGGCGCAAGUGCCGCCGGGCUUCUCGGCCGAGGAGGCGGCGUCGUGGCUGCGGGCGGCCCGCGAGGCGCGAGUCGUGUCCCUGGAGCGCGGCGGCUGCGGGCGCAGCUCCAACCGGCUGGCGCGCUUGUCGGACGGCAGUCGCGCGUGCGUGCGCUACGGCAUCAACGCGGAGCAGAUCCAGGGCGAGGCGCUCUCGUACCACCUGGCCGGGCUGCUGGGCAUCCAGGAGCGGCUACCCCCGUUGGCGCUGGCGCGGGUCGAAAGCCGCGGAGGGCAGUGGGCUCCCGUGCGCGACGAGCUGCGCGGCUCCCCCUGGGCCGACGGCGCCGUGGUGAGCCUGGCGCGCUGGGUGGACAACCUGACCGACGUGGUGGCUCCCGCCCCGUGGCGGGCCGAGGCGGGCGCGGCGGCGACGUCGGGCCCCCGUCGGCUGCAGCCCCUGUCGGCCGGGGAGCUGCGCGGCCUGAGCCAAGCGCAGCUGGUGGAGCUGGUGCAGUGGAGCGACCUGAUCGUCUUCGACUACGUGACGGCCAACUUCGACCGGCUGGUCAGCAACCUGUUCAGCCUGCAGUGGGACCCGCGGGUGAUGCAGCGCGCCACCAGCAACCUGCACCGGGCGCCCAACGGCGGACUGGUCUUCCUCGACAACGAGGCCGGCCUGGUGCACGGUUACCGGCUGCUGGCCAUGUGGGACAAGUACAACGAGCCGCUGCUGCGCUCCGUCUGCGUCUUCCGAGAAGCCACUGCCCAGCGGGUGCGGGAGCUGCACCGCGCGCGCAACGCCGCCGCCGAGCUGCUCCACCUUUACCGGACCCGGGAGCCCCUGGCCGGCGUGUUGGGCUUCCUCUCCGAGCAGCAAGCGCAGCUGCUGCAGGACCGUGUCGACUUUGUCCACAAGCACAUUUUGCACUGCAAAGCCAAGGCCGCCUCGCUGUGACCCCUCUGGGUCUGCUGGACCUGGGUGGAUUUAACAUUUUGAAGGGCGUAAUGAAGGCACUGGAGGUGUGCCCGGUAGCGCAGUGUCCCUAAGGGAGAUGAAUGCAGGGGCAGCGGUUGUAGGUGGCUGGAACGCAGCUUCUGGUCUAGAGCACUUCUGGAAACCUUGCCUUGAAAUAUCUGACCAGCCUGCCGAAAAAUGAACUUAAUAAUUGAGAGUACUUUGUUUUUUAGGGGGGAGGGCGGAGAGACUAGUUAAUGGUUCCCAGACAUUUUCCUGCUGGGAUCCAUCAGCAGAAUGUGGUCUUCCUUUGUUUGGUGCACACAGUUUAAAUUCCAACCCCAAAAGUGAAAUUUCUGACUAGGCAGCCUUAUGCAGCCUGUACUCCCAGCUUUCCACCCCAUCCUCAAAGGAGACCUGGGUUGGCUUAGAUUUUUUCAGAGGGAUGCACUGAAAACAAUGGCCUUUUUAGGUGUAAGGUGUAAUGCUGCCCUGAUGCACCUGUCCUGCACUAUUGUCUGCUAUAAAACUAGGCCAGGUACUGGUAAUAUCCUUCCAUUGCACAGUGUUGUUUUUCUUUUCUUUGUGUCCGAAGUAAUUAGGGUCCAAAAUGACUUUUGAGGGACUCAGUCUGUGGCCUGUGCUGGAACUA